AUGGCUUCCUCUACAAAUCACAAACUCGUUUGGACACCAAUUAUGUUUCUGUUUAUCCUCACAAAAGCGUUGUUUGGUCUUUCAGCUCUAAUGAACGAAACGGUGAUGCCUCAAGACGUAUUCACAUCCAAACAAGUCGUGAUCGUUAAUAAAUUAGGUAUACGCGAAACACUAAACGUGCACUGUAAGAGCGGGGAGAAAGAUCUAGGGCCUGUUACGCUCGUACCUGGAGCUAGGUUUGAGUUUAAGUUUCUCUCAAGUAACUUGCAACUCACAACCUACACUUGA